GCGGCUCGCUGGGCGCGCUCCCGGAGCCGGUGACCAGGCCGUUGUGGGGACUGGUAACCCCGCUUCGUUCCCCAGCAGGCGUCUCUCGACCGGGCCUGUUUGCGUAAAGCGUCGGAAGUGGGUUGGGAACAGCCUCAGGUUCUUUUACUAUGCAGUGACCGGGAGAUGUCAAACCGCACACAGCGGUUUUGGCGUAGGUCGGUCCUGGUGAUCUUGGCGCUAGUGCGCAUGCUGGUGCUUGACCCAUAGCCCCAGGCGUCCGUCAGACGGGUCUGGAGACUUAACAGACGGGUCUGGAGACUUAACAGACGUGGAGUUGGGAGCCUGGGCGCCAGACCUGCGUGUGACUGCACAACCACAUACGGGCUGAGCUUGAGCGUUUCCAUCACCUCCAGAAGAAACCCCAGCACCCAUUAAGUCGCUGUCCACUUCCCCUUUCCCCCAGCUCUGUGCAGGCACUGACUGCACAGUGAGGAUUGCAGGUUGGGAGUUGUGCUCCUGGUCUGGCAGUUGGUAGAGAGCAAUCUUCCAGGAUGGCAGCCAUCAACCCGUGGACUUCCUGGGGUGCCUUUACAGACCAGACUUGGGGGAUGGCAGCUGUUGACCCGUGGCCCUCCUGGGCUCUGUGUCCUCAGGACCCUGCCUGGCACGUGGAAGGGAGCCCUGAGGGAGAGCAGAGGGCUGCCAGGCUCCCAGCGGCCCGUGUCCAGGAACCCGUAACCUUCAAGGAUGUGGCAGUGGACUUCACUCAAGAAGAAUGGGGGCAGUUGGACCUUGUUCAGAGGACUCUGUACCGAGAUGUGAUGCUGGAGACCUAUGGACAUCUGCUGUCCGUGGGGAAUCAGAUCACCAAGCCUGAGGUCAUCUCGCUGUUGGAACAAGGAGAGGAGCCAUGGUCAGUGGAGCAAGCAUACCCUCAAAGCACUUGUCCAGAAUGGAUGAAAAAUCUUGAAAGCAAAGCAUUGGUCCCAAUACAAAGCAUAUUUGAGGAGGAGGAAAAAUCCCAUGACAUGAGCUUGGAAAAAUACAUAUGGGAUGAUCCUUUGUUCUCCAGGGUAGAAGUUUUAGGCUGUAAAGACCAAUUAGAAAUGUACCACAUGAACCAGAGUACAGCUAUGAGGCAAAUGUUCUUCAUGCAAAAGCAAGUGCUGUCUCAAAGAGGCUCUGAUUUCUGUGAACUUGGGACAGAGUACAGCCAGAACUUAAACUUUGGUCCUUCACAGAGAGUUUCCCAUGUAGAACAUUUCUAUAAGCCUGAAACACGUGCUGAAAGCUGGAAAUGUAACUCAGCCGUACUGUAUGCAGAUAAGGUUACCUGUGAAAAUAAUUAUGACAAAGCCUUCUGCCAGUCCAUUCAACCUAUUCACACUACAAGAAUGCAAGCUGCAGAUAAUCUUUUCAAAUGUACUGAUGCUGUUAAAUCUUUCAAUCAUAUAAUACAUUUUGGUGAUCAUAAAGGGAUGCACACAGGAGAGAAACUUUAUCAAUAUAAGGAAUGCCAUCAAAUUUUUAACCAGAGCCCAGCAUUUAGUGAACAUCCAAGAUUUCAUGUUGGAGAAAACCAGUAUGAUUACAAAGCGUAUGAGAAUAUCUUUUACUUCUCAUCCUUCAUGGAACAUCAAAAAAUUGGUACUAUAGAGAAAGCAUAUGCAUACAAUGAAUGGGAAAAAGUCUUUGGGUAUGACUCAUUCCUUACUCAACAUACAAGCACGUAUAGUUCUGAGAAACCCUAUGAAUAUAAUGAAUGUGGGACAUCUUUCAUCUGGAGCUCGUACCUUAUUCAACAUAAGAAAACUCAUACUGGAGAGAAACCCUAUGAAUGUGAUAAAUGUGGAAAGGUUUUUAGGAAUCGUUCAGCCCUGACUAAACAUGAACGGACUCACACUGGAAUAAAACCUUAUGAAUGUAAUAAAUGUGGAAAAGCCUUCAGCUGGAAUUCUCAUCUUAUUGUACACAAGAGAAUUCAUACAGGAGAAAAACCUUAUGUAUGUAAUGAAUGUGGGAAAUCUUUCAAUUGGAAUUCUCAUCUUAUUGGACAUCAGAGAACUCAUACUGGAGAGAAACCUUUUGAGUGUACUGAAUGUGGGAAAUCUUUCAGCUGGAGCUCUCAUCUCAUUGCCCAUAUGAGAAUGCAUACUGGAGAGAAGCCCUUCAAAUGUGACGAAUGUGAAAAAGCCUUUAGGGAUUACUCGGCCCUUAGUAAACAUGAAAGAACUCACUCUGGAGCAAAACCAUAUAAAUGUACUGAAUGUGGCAAAUCAUUCAGCUGGAGCUCCCAUCUUAUUGCCCAUCAGAGAACUCACACAGGAGAAAAACCCUAUAACUGUCAGGAAUGUGGCAAAGCAUUUAGAGAACGCUCAGCCCUUACUAAACAUGAAAUCAUUCAUUCUGGAAUUAAGCCCUAUGAAUGUAAUAAAUGCGGAAAAUCUUGCAGCCAGAUGGCUCACCUUGUCAGGCAUCAAAGAACUCAUACUGGAGAAAAGCCUUAUGAAUGCAAUAAAUGUGGAAAGUCUUUCAGUCAGAGCUGCCACCUUGUUGCUCAUCGGAGAAUUCACACUGGUGAGAAACCCUAUAAAUGUAAUCAAUGUGAAAGAUCCUUUAACUGUAGCUCUCAUCUUAUUGCACACCGGAGAACUCAUACUGGAGAGAAACCAUACAGGUGUAAUGAAUGUGGGAAAGCAUUUAAUGAGAGUUCUUCCCUUAUUGUGCACCUGAGAAACCAUACUGGAGAAAAACCCUACAAAUGCAACCAUUGUGAGAAAGCUUUCUGUAAGAAUUCUUCCCUCAUUAUUCAUCAGAGAAUGCAUAGUGGCGAGAAACGCUUUAUAUGCAAUGAAUGUGGAAAAGCCUUUAGUGGUCACUCAGCCCUGCUUCAACACCAGAGAAUUCACAGUGAAGAAAAACUGAAUUGAAUUGAGGAAAGGUUUUUCUUUAUUGUACAUUUGAUUAACACAUUGGGAAAAAACCUCAUAAAUAUAAUGAAGGAGAGAAAUUUUUCAUUAAGAGUUUUUAGUAAGACUUGUCCCCUUGUUACUCAGUAGAAAAUAUCUUAGAAGAAACCUUAUGAAUGAAAAGAUUAGGGAAAAGCUUUCAGCAGGUAUGUGGUCCUUACUCAACAUAAAAUAAUGAUGACCAAAAUUCUAAACUCCCCUAUGGCCUACCAGGAAUCUAUAGUUGAGGCACAUGACUGGCGAAAAAGGCAUGUUUUAGCAAGAGCUCUCACCUAUUUGUAGAUCAGUGUGUAUUGUUAAGGGAAAAACAUGCUGAGAAUAGUGUUUUAACUAGAAAUACACUUUUUUUUUGUUAAGCUGGAGUAUAGGGUGGAAAGCUUUACAAUAACAUUUUGUGCAUAAUGAUAGAAAUACAGAUUUUGCUAUUAUAAAGUAAGGGGCUAAGUGCCCUUUACAGAGUAGGAUAUGGGAUACUAAGUUUGAAUUUAAGAAAAAAUGUAGUAUAGUAUCGAAUGGGGUGUUUACUGUUGAUCCAGAUUAACCUCCUUUAGAAAAGAUUAGUAAGUAACUGAGAUCACCAAUGGUGGAAAAGUUGUUACAUAGGCAUAUGAGACUGAUUUUGUUGGAACAACAGAUGCUACUUAAUAACCCAGUGUGUCAGUGCCCAUUAUUUAUGCAUUACUGAAUCAUUGGUUAAUUAGUUUGUAAUUUGUUUUAGGCAAUCACUAUAAAUUAUAAUUAUGUACACUGCUUCAAUAUACAUAAAAUGAAGGCAUAAAAAGGAUGAAUUGUAAAAAACAUAUCUGCUAUAAAAAUGUAUGUGUAUGAAGAUCUGAAAGAUCCAUGAAGAAAUUAACCAAGUUAAGAUUUUUUUCUGAAGUUUUACAAAUACAUAUAGCGUUUAUCAUGUAUUAGGCUUUGUUUAAAUGCUUUUCAAAUAUUAGCCUUAACUCAAUGAGAUAGGUACUGUUAGUCCCAAUUUUACAAAGAGGGAAACUAAGGGACACAGCUAGUAAGGAAUGGAGCUAGGAUUGUUUGACUCCAGAGUUCAUUUUUUUAAACUGCUGUGUUAUGCUUCUUGUCCAGUGAUAUUUUUCCCUAAUGUGUUUUCCCCUUUUGUUUAGUGUUCCUAUAGUAGAUAUUUGGUAAUAAAAUCAAGAAAAUCCUAAGCACUGAGAAAUAAAGUUACCUGAUUCCUGUCUCAUGAAGGAUUUCUGGAAACAUAAGAGCUGAGAUUCCUGUGGAAUAUGAAAAAGCCUGAAUUGGACAUUGGGUCCUGGUUUCCUGGAAUUUCAUUGCCCACAACUCAGGAUUACAGGGCAGCAGGGCCUGGACAACUACUGGAGAUUUUGGCAAACCUGAAGAAUACCACUUGACAGGUUUAGAAUGCUUCUCCAUGAAGCCAUGGGCAAGGCUGUGUAUUCUUUUACACAGGCACUGCUAUGUGUGAGAGUACCCUUCUGAAAGUCUCCCUUGAAUUCAGUGUUUAUUAUUAUUUUCAUCAGGUAGACAGAUUAUUUGAUAGGAAGAAGGAUUCGGAAGGGAAUGGAGUCCAUCACUAGUCCAUCCCCUAGAGUUAGGAAUUCUCUCUGAGUGUUCACAAGAGAGGAGUGAAGCCACAGAGAACUUGGGUGGCUUCUCUCUGGUUCAUAAAAUAUUCCUAAAGCAGGGCUGUAUUUAGGGGCAAGGAUUCUUCCUGGAUAGGCUUCAGGGUAUUGCAUGAAUAUAAGGCUCAUCUAAUUUCUCAAGAUCCAUGACUCACCAGUGGUUGAGAAAUGAUUGCAUACUGGAGCCAUGGGGAGACUAAUGUUUACUGUCUGACUACUGUAGCUUGAACUCACUGAGCUAUGUAACACUUGAUUCCUAACUUCAGAGCUGAAUGUGUUAGUGGUUACCCAAUAUAUGUUGCAGGAGUGAAUUAAUGUUUUCCUGGGUUUCUCAUGGGAUUAGUGGAGAGAAUAGAGUUAAUAUGAUCUCUGUGAGAGGGUCUGGCCAGCAUUGGUCAGGUGUACCUGUGUGCACUGCCUGUUUAGAAUGGGGGAGGGAUGGUUUGGAGAUAGCUUGUUUUAAAGUGGAUAAAACCCAAGAGUUUGUACAGAUACCCUGUCCUCCCAGAGAAGGUGGGCUCUUGGGUUUGUUGUAAAGUGACUGCUGCAUCAAUAAAGCUCUUGGCUUCUUAGUAUACAAAAAAUCAUAUAUAUUUGUAAGAAAAAGCAUGAUAUAUCUGGAAUCAUACUGCCACUAUAAUAGGAAUAUUAUUAUCUAAUACCUAUAGUGAAUCUAGAUUCUCAGUUUUAGAGACUCCAACAGAUUUGAUAGUUUGUAUGCAAUAUUCCACAGCAUCCUGGCAACUUAUAUCAUUAUUACCAAGCUUAU